GGUUCCCCUCCAGCUCCGCCGGACCCGAAUACCGCGGGGGGAAGCCAUUGCGCGACGGAAUAACCGUUGGGUAUCCACCAACGUCGAGAGAGAGGGGGGGAGCUGAGAAAACAGAUGCCAAUAAAUUAACUCUUACUUCACUUGAACGCAAAGAUCUUUGCGUAUUUAGCGAUAAAUUUGAUAUAAUUCAUAAAUGAUCCAGUUACUCAAAGAAAGUAGGUGUGAUAUUGAUAAUUCAUCCUCCUCUGAUUGUCAUGCCCUCCCCAAGAGGAGGUGAGGGAGCCGGGCAGCCCCUGCCGCAGUGACCGGGCGACCCCUUUGUUCGGGCGAGAGGGAGCGGGAGAGAGCGGGGCGCCGGCCGAGGGAAAGGGAGACCGACGCCCCAGCUGAAGGGCCGAGGGAGAUCCGGAGCGACGCCGAGGCCCCGGCGGAGAGUAGAGAGCAAGGCCAGGCCGUCCCCGUCCCUUCUCCAGCCCGGACACACACCCGUGAUCAUGGAAGCACCGGCCCCGGACCCACCGCCUGGAUACGUGCUGCAAUGGUACAACAACUCGGCCCCACAGCCUGCGGCGUUCCAGCCUGUUCACUGCCAUCCACCGCCCGAGUCCGACCACCCGGCGCCGGAGGCCGCACAGGCUCCAAAACGAAAAAGAGGAAGACCAGCAGCAACGCAGCAAAAGAAAUCCGAGGGAGCAGGAACUAAACGAGCCAAAACAGAAGCAAAAUCAGGGGGAAAGCAAGAGAAAAUUACGGAUUCUUUUAAAACUGUGAAGAGAAAAAUUGAUAGGUUCAACGGAACAACUGAAGCUGAGCUUUUGACAAAAACCCUACCAGAUAUAUUGACCUAUGGCUUAGACAUUGUGAUCAUCGGAAUUAACCCUGGAUUGAUGGCUGCAUACAAAGGACAUCAUUAUCCUGGACCAGGAAAUCAUUUCUGGAAGUGCUUAUUUAUGUCCGGUCUUAUUGAUUUGCCCUUAAGUCAUAUGGAUGAUGCUUCUCUACCAGAGAAAUAUGGAAUUGGUUUCACAAACAUGGUAGAGAGAACUACUCCAGGAAGCAAAGACCUUAAAAGUAAAGAGAUUCGGGAAGGAGGAAAAAUACUUCUGCAAAAACUACAGAGAUAUAAGCCACGGAUUGCUGUUUUUAAUGGAAAAUGUAUUUAUGAAAUAUUUAGCAAGGAGGUGUUUGGAGUUAAAGUCAAGAAAUUGGAAUUUGGGCAACAGCCACACAAGAUUCCCGAAGGAGAAACCGUGAUCUAUGUCAUGCCUUCUUCCAGUGCAAGGUGUGCACAGUUUCCUCGGGCCCAGGAUAAGGUACAUUAUUACAUCAAGCUAAAGGAACUACGAAAUCAUUUGAAAGGCAUUAAGAGUGCUCCAGAGGUCACAGAAGUUGAAUACUCAUUUGAUUUGCAAAAAGCUCAAGCUGAAGCAAAGAAAAUGGCAAUCAAAGAGGAAAAGUAUGACCCUGGCUAUGAAGCUGCUUAUGGAGGUGCCUACAUUGAAAAAUCCACUGAAAACAAUGGACAGUGCAAUUUUGCUACAACUGAACCAGCAACCAGCAACUCCGAAUUCAAUGUAGACUCAACAUUUUGUCAUGUUCCCGAUGGCCAGUGGAUGACCCAGUCAUUUACUGAUCAGAUUCCUUCAAUCAACAAUUACUGUGCACAGCCUCAAGAAGGUUCAUCGUGAAUUGACGAUAUUUGCAGAACUUCCAUGUUGCUGCAGUUUUAGUGCAGUAAUAACUUGGUUUUUGAACUGAGGAGGUCUUGAAUUUUUUUUUGUAAUGUUUUAACUCUAGAAUUAUAUGUAAACCUAAUGAUGUAGUAAUGUUCAGAAAGCUGAACUUUUAAACUUUUAGAAUUGCCCAAAGUAUUUAUGGGGAAAAAAGUAGUUAUAGGGAAGUCUUAAGUUUAUUUAAGAUCGUCUGGUAGUCGUUUUCUUCCUGCAGUACAAUUCUCUUUUGCUCAACUGUUUAAAUUGUAAGCCUGUUGACUCAUUAAAAAUUUUUCUUGCAACCGGUUGUUGCAGCGUAGCCUGUACUGAUUGGUCAGAGUUCAAAAAAAGUUCUAAAGCAACUUUUCAAAGUGAAUUACAGAGGUUUAGUUGUUUGCUCAUUUGGACCUUUUGCAAUGUAUCUUUCUAAGAAUAUGCACACGUUGAAAUUCUAUCAAUAGCAGUUUCAAUUUCAGAAUUGUUCAGUUAAUUAUAAUAUUGGACCAAAAGGUGCAAUUUUUAAAUGGAAUGAAAGUGGAUCCAGGUGUCCAUUUGUUUAUGCAAAUUCCAUGUAAAAUCAGGGCAUUUUCAAUUCUAAAAUAUUUGUUGAUUGGUGGGAGUUGCCUCUGAAGAAAAUUAAAAUUCCAUUGAGCAAGACUUGUUUGUGGCCUCCACCUAUGGAUUCAGUCUUCAUUAAAUGAUAAGGGUGCUAAAGUGUAGUAAAGUAAUAGCACAGAGUAUCAUGUUUUACAGCACCAUUGAUGUUAAAACUUUUUGAAUACAGUCCACUUUUUAUUUAAAGCUGCUCAAAUUAAUUAUCCAAAUGAUAGAUUUCAGCAAUAAAUGUUUGUCGUGCUGUUACUUUGCCUACAUUGCUCAAUUCAAAUUAUGGUUUCUCCUGAAAAGAAUUUUGAAUUAACAAAACAGUCUAGUUUGAAAACUUGAGAACGUACAGGAAAAUUUCAGUAAUCUUUGGGCAAAUGUUUUAAUUGUUUUUUUUAAAAAGAUGUUUGAGGAAUGGUACAAUUAUCUCCAGUGUUUCAGGCUUUAACUUUAUCGUAUUAUUGGUAAAAGGAUUUUCAUAAAGUUUAAUGUGAUUACUAAAUGGAGCAUUUACAAUUCUGAAUUGCAUGCAUUUUGGUGGAAUUUUUCCUUCAAAUUAAAUUUGUGCAACAACGUUUACAUUGGUACUUUCUCACAGAUUUAUAUGUAGAAAACAAAGUGCUUGAUCUAGGUUAAUUAUAGCUCACUGGCUUUGAGUUUCAUCCCCACACUCAAUAAAAAUGGGAGUGCAUGGCACUUUAACAGCCAAUCCUCGUACCCAGACCAUUUUGAUAAGUAUAUUCUGACCUGCAUGUAGGACCAAGAAUGUGAGAACCUUGCCAAAAUAUCAUGUCAUUGUGGCCCUGAUAUUGUAGUUCUAGGUGGCGGCAUUGUGUCUGAUGCCAGCCUUGCAGGGACUGUAGGGUGCAAAGGAACAGGAGGAUUGGGGGCUGACCUUGGAUUGCCCACACAUCCCUUCACAACCUAACUACCUGACUGUGGAACAUUCCCACAAGUCUUAGCUUCUGCCAGAUCAACAUGUGCUCACUUUUGUGAAGUCAUUAAUUAUGGUUUCAGGCUGAAAUGUUAGCAUAGCCAAGAAGUUAACUGGCCCUGUCAGCUGCAUACUCAUCCCCUGUUACAAUCAAAGCUACCAUUCCUGAGUUAAAUUUCAGCCAGCUGUGACAUCAAACUUUGUAAAUGCCUUAACCGUUUAUUUAGGAAAUCAUUGUACCCAAGUGUGCAUUUUCAACUGUUUUUAAAACUUAAAAAGCUGUUGCACGGGAUAUUUCAGGUAACACUCAUGUCACAUCAUCAAAAAUGUGAAAUGUUCCUCUAGACUAUAUACAAUAAAUGUACUUGAAGUGAAUGGGCAGCUACUGGAAACUUUUUAAUGUAAUGUCAUUGUUUACUACUUGUAAAGUUGGUGCUUCUACCUCUCAUGAGAGGGUUCUGAAAUCUGUUCAAAAAAAAAUAAAAAUCAGUGAAUUUUUUAAAAAA